GUAACUCUAGAUACUUUAGACAAUUGGAUGAAGACUGUCAUAGUGUGCAAAAAUACUGGUUUUAAUUUGUUUUGUCGUCUCGUCUCGUCUAUAAUCUUAAGACACGUGUUACGUUGUAUCAAAUUUACAUAAUUAAUGGGCUUUAGGCUUGAACAAUUAAGGCCCACAAAAGCCUGUUAAUCCCAUGGGAAGUUGAGGACGAGAAACAGAGUCCGGGAAAAGAAAAAAGAGCUCUCGGAGAUUCAAUCACUCAUGGCGAACGAAGACGACGACGGUGAGAAAUCCAGAAGUCUGCACCAACAGAUUGCUAGAAAACCCAAAACCCAGAUCGUGAUUGGUGUGCCAUCGUACCAGGAAGUUUUGGAAAGCUCACAGACGAAGUCCACGCCUCCAUCUCUCUUCAAGCCUUCCCAGAGUUUCUCUCAGGCUUUCGCUUUCGUCAAGUCGUCCGACGUCUACUCUCCUCCUCCUCCUUCCUCCGCAGCCGCCUCUUCUUCUCAGCCGUCGGGCGCUUCUCAGGUGCCCCACAGUUCAAGCCAAACGCAUCAAACUGAUGGAGCCUCAUCUUCUUCUACUCCUGUAGCCACUGGCUCUGUACCAUCAAACACAACUCAAAAUCGUAACGCUAUUCUCGUUAGCCAUCGACAGAAAGGAAACCCGCUUCUUAAACAUAUCAGGAAUGUGAAAUGGGUUUUCUCAGAUAUCAUUCCAGAUUACGUGCUUGGUCAAAACUCUUGCGCUUUGUAUUUAAGCUUGCGGUAUCAUCUCCUACAUCCGGAUUACCUCUAUUUCCGCAUUAGGGAACUACAAAAGAAUUUCAAGCUAAGUGUUGUUCUUUGCCAUGUCGACGUGGAAGAUACGGUGAAACCGUUGCUUGAAGUCACAAAAACCGCUCUACUUCAUGAUUGCACUCUAUUGUGUGCCUGGAGCAUGACAGAAUGUGCCCGUUAUUUGGAAACGAUAAAAGUCUAUGAAAACAAACCUGCAGAUCUCAUCCAAGGCCAAAUGGAUACAGAUUACCUUUCACGGCUAAACCAUUCUCUUACAAGCAUUCGACAUGUAAACAAGAGCGAUGUAGUUACACUUGGUUCUACAUUCGGGGUUGAGCUAAAAAGACCUUAUGUCCAGUUAUUGUGAAUUUAUGAUUUUUAUGUUUCAAACUAAAAUUGGAAACCUCAAAAAUCAUGGUUUAUGCAGUCUCUUGCUCAUAUAAUCGAUGCAUCCAUGGAAGAUUUAGCACGUUGUCCCGGGAUUGGCGAACGUAAGGUGAAGCGGUUGUAUGAUACAUUCCACGAGCCUUUCAAGCGUGCAACUUCGAGCUACCCGUCUGUUGUAGAACCACCAAUCCCGGAAGCUCCAGUUGAGAAGGAUGUGAACUCAGAGGAACCUGUUGAAGAAGACGAGGAUUUUGUGGAGGACUCGAGAAAACGCAAGAAGAAGGAGCCCGAGCCCGAGAAAACUGUGAAGACCGCACUCUCUGCUGUUUUUGCUCGUUACUCUGAUAGACUUAGCAAGAAAAAGGAGAAACAGAAGGAGAAAGAUACAACAACGGCGUCAGAUGCUGAAACCCACCAAAAUUAACACGGUUUUGUUCCUUGGGUAAGGCCAUGGUGACCACAUUCCUAGGAUUGUAACUUAAUGAUAAUAAAAAAGCUUUACUGUGUCUAAUUUGUGUGAUCUCUACCAUAGAAUUGGUUGGUUAUUGAAGCCUGCGUGUAUAAAUUUCAAAGGGUUGUUACUACUUUGUUAUCUUUUUUCUUGGUCUGGGCCAUGUGCAAUAGUAUUAUAAACAAACAAAAC